GUUCGGGGCGACCUCGUCAUCUUCGACAUCGACAAGGGAAACGCUCUUUUCGUUUCACACCAGUGGAUGCACGACGCCCGCACGAUGGAUGAUUCGGACGGCACCCAGCAAGACAGGUGCAUCAGCAGCAUUCCAGCCUAUGUGGAGACGUGUCGGUUUUUUGUUGCUCUUUGCCCUGCCAUUGACAGUCCCACGGAAGACAAAGUCUUCAGUGCCAGAACAUGGAGCUGUCGCGGUUGGUGCAGAAUGGAGAGAGCCGUGCGCGAAUUGUCCCUGCACGACACCUGGAUCCUAGUUCAAAGUUCUGCGUCCAUGGAGCUGGUCGGCACUGCUUUGUCAUUUCCCACCGACUCUGUUGGGGAGGGCGAGUUCACUGUAGCAGCCGAUCGAGAUAAACUCGCGCCAAUACUGCAACAGCUGUUGCGGAGGAAGCUGCGGUUGUGCUUGCAGAAGCGGGAACUACCUGCGUACCGCCGCCUGCUAAACCUACAAACAGUGCACCUCCGGGGGCUGGCGGCUGAGCAUAUAAAGGACCUUGUGCCCGGCUUUCCUGCAAGUGCUGUGAAUGCCCACGGCGCCGCAGCGGAAUCCUUCCUCCACCAGAACAUGCUGACCACGGUGGGCGGCGUUGACAAUGCAGG